CUUGGCACAGAGCCGCAGCCACGCACAUUUGAAACUUCUGAGACAGAGGCGGAGAUCUUUCUAGCUCGUCCCACUUAAUGGAUUAAAUUCACGCUUUCUCGUCUUCCUUGGCUUUUUUUUCUCCUCUUCUCCGUCUUCCUCCUCCUCCUUCCUCCUCCGGUUUCGUGUUACAAAGCCUUGGGAGGGAGUUGCGGAGAGCCAGUUCUGUGUAGAAACUGAAUGACAAGAUCAGAUGGCGUGAUCCAAGCAGCUUGAUAGUCCAAACAUUUGAAAUCAGAGCGGACAGCAGAGGGGAGAGGACCGCGGACAGAUCCAUCCGAAGAGGAUAAGGAAUAAUUAUUCAAAGUCCUAAACAAACGCGAGAUAACGGCGAGAGGCGGAGAGGAAUAUCCAUCUGGAUCAGUCGCUGGAAGCGGCGAGGACGCAGCUCCUGCCACCAUCAGCGGGACCGGGGGCCAAUGUGACCUUCAUCUGAGUCAAGUGUCGCUGUUCAACGCUCACGAAGAACUCUGAAGCGAGAGAGAAAAACAACCAAACAAUAAAGCAAAAACCUGCAAGGAGAUUAAAAGGAUAGCAGAGAGGCGUGCGAGGGAGGAGGAGAGAAACAAGCUGCCAGGUUCUGGGCCGCUCUCCAGAGGCUCCCUGAUUGACCGACUGGUCUCUCAAUCCGUCACUCAGCACCAGUUUCAACAAAUGGGAGCUGACACUGGAGCCAUGGGUGGGAUGAAGGUCUUGCUCCUGGUAUUUCUGGUUGGAUGGCAGAAGUCAGUGGGUCUCAACUGGAACCCAAUCCCACGCAAGACCGUCAGAUACCAAGAUGUGUUGGACAGCAUGGCGAGGUUCAGCGUUCAGGCGGUCUUCAACUACAGCAUGCUGACUCUAUCAGACCACGAGAGAGUUUUGUACGUCGGAGCGCGAGAGGCCAUGUUCGCCCUGGACCCCAACGACAUCAGCAGGCAGCUGCGUCCACAGAUCGACUGGCCAGCCCCCCAGGAUAAGAAGAGGGAAUGUGUGGCCAAGGGGAAGAACAACCAGACCGAGUGCUUCAACUAUAUUCGGUUCCUGCAGAGCUACAACCACACACACCUGUACACCUGUGGCACCUACGCCUUCCAGCCCAAAUGCACGUACAUUAAAGCAGACGACUUUACCCUCAGCCCAGCAGUUUUGGAAGAUGGGAAAGGCAAAUGUCCCUACGACCCUGCCAAGGGGCACACAGGUCUCAUAGUGGAUAAAGAGCUGUACUCAGCAACGCUCAACAACUUCCUGGGUACAGAGCCAGUCAUCCUUAGGAACCUGGGCCAGCAGCACUACAGCAUGAAGAGCGAGUACUUGCCCGCCUGGCUCAAUGAGCCGGCCUUUGUGGGUUCAGCCCUGGUGAGGGAGAGCAGCGGCAGCAAAGACGGAGAUGAUGAUAAGAUCUACUUCUUCUUCAGCGAGCGAGCUCUGGAGCUGGACUGUGACACGGAGCUGACGGUGGCCCGAGUGGCCCGCGUCUGCAAGGGGGAUUUGGGUGGUACCAGGACCCUUCAGAAGAAAUGGACCACCUUUCAGAAAGCACGCCUGGAAUGUUCCCUCCCAGAGCGCCACGUCUCCUUCAACAACGUGCGGGCCAUCUUCACACUGCCGGGGCAGGACUGGCGGGGGACCACCUUCUAUGGCAUCUUCCAUGCUCAGUGGGGGGAUGUGGAUGUGUCAGCUGUGUGCCAGUACCAGAUCAGCGAUGUGAAGAAAGUGUUCGAAGGGUCCUACAAGGAGUACCGGGAGGCGUCCCAGAGGUGGGGACGCUACACCGGCGCCAUCCCCAGCCCACGACCCGGAUCGUGCAUAACUAACUCAGACAGGGAGAACGGCUACAACAGCUCGCUGCAGCUGCCCGAUGCCACGCUCAACUUUGCCAAGAAACACCCACUGAUGGAGGACAAGGCUCUAGGUCGCCCCCUGCUGCUGACCAAGGGUGUCAAUUUCACCAAGCUGGCAGUGGAUCGGGUCAGCGCUCUGGACCAGCGGGCGUACAACAUGCUCUUCAUCGGCACAGCUGAAGGCUGGCUGCAGAGGGUGGUGGUCCUGGGCUCUGAGGCACACGUCGUCGAAGAGAUCCAGCUGUUUGAGACGGCCCAGCCUGUGGACAGCCUGACCAUCUCCCACUCAAAGAAGUACUUGUACAUCGGCUCUCGUUCUGAAGUUCUCCAGCUGCCCUUGGCCAACUGCAGCCGCUAUCAGUCUCAGCCAGACUGCCUGCUCGCCAGGGACCCCUACUGCGCGUGGGACAACGAGGGCCGGGCCUGCGUCCGCAUCGACCUCCAUCGAGGGUCCACCUCGUCCCUCUCACAGGACCUCAUGCUGGAGAGGUUCAAUCGUGGGAAAGCCAAGUUCGAUAAACCCGUCUCCAUCCCCAGCCCCGAGCACUCCCAUCUGAGAAAUGUCACAGUGGUUGUUGGGUCCGACAUGGUGCUGCCGUGCCAACUCGUGUCAAACUUGGCUCAGCCGUUCUGGGUUGUCAACGAGCGGGAGCUGCUGCUGGGUGACCCAGAAGCAGGAGGGCCACGCUUCGACAGAGCCCUCAAAGCCCUCAUCAUCCCCGAGGCAGGCCAGAUGCAAGCAGGCCGCUACAUCUGCUACUCUGAGGAGCAGGGGGUCAAGUUUCAGACGGAGCGCUACCAGGUGGCGGUUGUUGCCAGUGCUCCGGUAUUCAUGGAAGCCCGAGCUCCGGACAGCAGCAUGGGGCUCUUCUGGGUGCUGGUCAUCACUCUGGGCGCGGCGUGCCUGCUGCUCUUUGUGGUGGCUCUCUAUCUGCGUAGGAGGCUGAAGCUGGCUCUGGGGAAAGGAGCUGACAUGAAGCCUCUGGAGAGCACUUUGGUCUACCCCGUCACCCUGCCAAAGGAGCCACCCACCUUUGUGCCCAGCAAGAUGCCGAGCGAUGAAGACCGAUUCUGGGAAACAGGUGCCAACUACUACUACUCAGACGGUUCGCUGAAGAUCGUUCCCGGACACGCCCUGGGGCCCAGCAGCGUCAGCAGCACGGCAUCACCCAGCGCCAUUCCUGGCCAGCCCAUCCACUCCCCCAGCCGUCUCAGCCUCACCAACAUCCGAGGCUCUGGUAGCAAUGGUUACAUCCGCCUCAAUCUGAGCACAGCAGGGGAGGAGAGGGCUAGUGGGGCCGGCGCUGGGGGUGGCGGGCUGGGAGGUCUCAGCGUGGGUGGGAACGACUACUCCAGCCCAUUUAAGGAGGAGCUUAGACGCACUCUGCAGCAGAGAAGCGUCCUGCCUGACGCGAACCCGGAGGAGUCGUCCAUCUAGACCCGUCUUUCCAGCUCCGUUCCCUGAGGUGGAAAAACAAAGCAACCAACCUACCUCCCUCUUUGUGAGGAUGCCUGCUCUCUCUGUCUUCUAGUGACAUGCUGUCGACACCCACGCUCUCUAUCUCUGCUGAUGCCUGACUGGCUCUCUUAAGACGUUUAUAGCACACAGCAUGGUUAUUACACACACUCAUACAACAUGCAUUCCUAUAAUUGCUGUGCUGUGGGCAACACGCAGUCAUGGUUGUGACUUUCUCUGCUUCCACUGUGCAACUGCCACUUGUGUAAAUUUUGUAUUUAAAAAGGAUGAACGCAGAGGCGACCUCCUCUGACAUGGAAACCCAACAAACGUUUUGCUCUCUGAAGGGCACAUUUCGUUCUUUUACAUUGAACUCAUCCUUCGCGCUGAAACCAGUAGGCAACGAGAGCAAACAACUGAAAAAAACGGGCCCGGUUCUGUGUUUGUGUUGCUUUAGAACGUUUUCUGCUUACUGCACCUGAAAACUGGAAGCGUGUCUUCCCUAUUUUCUACUCGUGAGCCAGGAAGGAGAGCGCUACUAAAGAAAUACUAAUUAAUCAGCAAGCAAGACGACAAUCAUGUCCCUGUGGCAGGAGCUCCGAGUGGGACAAGAAGAGGAGAGGAGCGACGAGAGGCAAAAAGAAUACAAGCAAACAAAAAAGUGAAGCAAACAAGAGUUAAAGAUGCAGGGGGGGGGGGGGGGGGGGUGAAGGACUAUCUCUAAAAACAUUUUCUGCUUGAUUUACACCCCCCACCCCAACCCCCACCCUCCACGACGCAUUUACUGCUGAAGGAGUUCUUCAGUUUCUUCCACUUUAAUUUAAUGUGAUGGUUGGUUUGAAUUAAUAUAUUUCUUGUCGUUCUUUUUCCGACUCACGGACUACAGCAGUGUUGUAACAGUUUGAGAGUGACUAAUGGCUCACCUCUGUGAAAGACAAUGCGAGGGUAACCUCCUUAACAUAACAUUAUUCCUGACUCGGUCCUGCACGGUGACCUUCAAAUCUACAAGUGCACUCCCUGUGACAUUUAUUCGAAUCACAGCGUGUUACAGGCAGACUGGUGUUUCUGAUUCAGACCUUUGAACGCUCGAUCAUCCCCAGGACAAAACAAAAAGGCUGUUUGCUUUCAGCUCAUAGCGGUGGAACGAUGAUUGCACAGAUAACUCCAAACUGAAGUUGACAUGAUGACAAAAGGGCACGGAGAAUGUAAAUGCACCCUCGUUGUUGCGACCGCUGUGGAUGUCUCAGUAAGUGCUUUAUGUGUUUGGUGAGGGUGGAAACUUGCACUGCCAAGAAGGAAACUACCACUCCAACACACACCUUCACCUUCUAAUGGAUCCCAGCCAUCCCAGAGUACAAAGUGAUUGUGACCUCCUGGAGCCCCCAUCCCCUUUUACCGAUGCCCAGAGACUGAUCUGGGGUUACUGUGGACACCGACACACACAAACACGCAGUAUUAGUGGAAGAAUGGACAGACAGAUGGGCCGAUUGCUGCCGUGGUGACAAACACCUGGCUCCAGAAGAGAAGCAGCCAUGAACCAGUGAAAGAUGUGUCUUUUGUAUUUUCAAGACCAGAGAAGAACAGCGUGAAGGAACAGGAAAGAACAAAAAUAGCUUCUUGUGUUCCCACUUUGUACAGAGCGCCGAGGGAGAUGAAGAAAAUCAGAACGACCCCGAGGCUGAGAAGGUCGUCAGCACUUCAUCGUAUUGUUGCAUGAUCCUCUCUGCAAGUGGACCGCACAUCAUUGUACAAGUGCUUCAUUUUGAUUGAUCAUUUUUAGACCUUUUCAAACUCUGAUGUUGUGCAACACUAAUUAAUGCUCUUUUUAAAAAAUUAUGGCUCGAGAGUUGUACAGAAGUUCAUGGCUGCAUUUCAACACGUUUACUUUUUCUGUGCCUCUUCACCUUUUGGAAAAGCCAAAGUAGACUGCAGUUGUUUUAGCUCUUGUUCAAACUCCUAAAUGGAUUUUAGUUGAUUCUAGAUCAAUAUUAGAAUCCCACUUUGCCACGCGGAGCUGAUGUCAGCCUCCUCCCUGCAUAUUUCAUCUGCAGCUAAACCUCCCCUCAAGCAAAAGGCCAAAAUGGGCUUGAAAAUGACGGAGCUGCUGUUUGCUUCCUGUUUACAUGUCAGAAAUUAUCUGCUGGACUCCUCUUUUUUUCCCCAAGUUACAAAAGGCUGAAUUUUAUAAGUAGCUUCAGCCUGUGAAAACCAAAUACAUAGCUGCUGAUUUCAAGCAAAUCGGUGACAAAUUGGUCACUUUAUAGUUUUUUAAAUCACUUGAGACAGAAAGCUGAAAAAACAGCUCCUUACACUGGUACUUGAUUGUGUUUUAAUGCGUCUCCCUUUUACAAUCAGGCCUAUCUUCACAUGCAGAGUCGAAAUAAUGAGAAAGAUGAAGAAAGCAGGUCUCAAGCUUGAAAACGUGCAUGUGUAAUAUAAUUUAUGUGCUGUUGUUUUAGUUCCUGUGCGUUCGUUGGCUUCGAUCUUUGUUUUUUACACGACGCUUUAACUUCUGCUGUGUUCUUGCAUUUGAAUGACCAUGAUUUCAUGUUCUCCAUUUUUUUGCUUGUGAUCGGUUAUAUCUGUUUUUAAAGUAUGUUAAGUAACUUAUUUCACUUGUAAAAACAUGUCGAUAUUUAUUAUCAUUGUACAUAUUUCCUUAUUUUUCAUAUGUGUACAUAUACACAAAUAAAAAUAGAAAUAUGCUAAA